AUGGCAUGCCCAUUCAUUGACAACCCAGUGAAUGAAGAGGCCCGGAUAAUUCGACGGGCCUUCCUACCACCACCAGGGCUCUUCCAGGACAGGACCAACCCGUUGACCCACACAGAUGCGUACCUGUGGGAGAGUUGUACCUUAUUUUUCCACAUAGGCUUCCCCAAUGUCCUUGGCUGCAUUGAUUGCAGCCAUGUGAGAAUUGUGGCCCCAUCCGGACCAGUGGAACGAGAUUAUGUGGACCGGAGAAAUGACCACAGUCUGAAUGUACAGAUGAUCUGUGAUGCCAAUUACUUGAUCACUAACAUUGAGGCAAAAUGGCCUGGGGGGGUACAUGAUGCCAGAAUAUUCAGGGCAAGCUCAGUGGCACAGAGGCUUGCUCAAAGGGAGUUUGAAGGUAUCCUCCUUGGAGACAGGGGUUAUCCCUGUCUUCCUUACCUUUUAACACCAUAUAGCGAUCCAGGGACUGAGGCAGAGGAGGCCUUUAAUGGUGCCCUCAAUUCCACCAGGGCACGAAUUGAGAUGGUUUUCGGCCAACUGAAGUCCAGGUUCCAGUGUCUGAAAUACUGGAGGGUUGCUCCAGAACGUGCCUGUGAUAUUACGGUGGCCUGUGCCAUCCUCCAUAACAUCGCAACCAUCCGCAGCCAUCCGCAGAAAGAGGCUCCUGGACGUCACACUGGAGGAGAGAUGGGAGGACCCCAAUCCCAUGCCAGAAGACAUGGAUGGGAGGGCCGUGAGGGACCUCUAUAG